GUGAUCUCCAAGUCUUCUCGCUCGCCGCUCUCUCGCUCUUGUGUGCUCUCGAUCUCCAUUGCACGGAGCCAGCUUGAUCGUGAGAAGAUCCAGCCAUGGCGGAGACCAAAGCCUUCACCAUUCGCACCCGCAAGUUCAUGACCAAUCGCCUCCUCUCACGAAAGCAAUUCGUCAUCGAUGUCUUGCAUCCUGGCAGAGCCAACGUUUCCAAGGCGGAGUUGAAGGAUAAAUUGGCGAAGAUGUACGAAGUGAAGGAUGAGAACUCGAUCUUUGUGUUCAAGUUCAGAACGCACUUUGGUGGUGGGAAGUCAACGGGUUAUGGGUUGAUCUACGACAGUGUUGAAAACGCGAAGAAAUACGAGCCUAAGUAUCGCCUCAUCAGGAAUGGACUGGCCACUAAGGUUGAGAAGUCAAGGAAGCAAAUGAAGGAAAGGAAGAACAGAGCAAAGAAAAUCCGAGGUGUGAAGAAGACAAAGGCUGGAGAUGCUGCCAAGGCAGGGAAGAAGAAGUGAGGUCUCUUCAUCCUUCCAGUGAAGGAU